AUGGCCUGGGCGCUGUUCUCGGGGCGGGCGCUGCUGGCGCGGCGCUCGGAGCGGCGCCUGGACACGGAGCGGGAGCUGCGCGCGGCGCUGGAGAACCGCGUGCUGCUGCUGCUCUUCGCCGCGCGCCGCUGCCCGCGCUGCCGCGAGUUCGAGCCCCGCCUGCGCCGCUUCUGGAGCCGCCUCACCGACCCCGCGCACGUGGAGCGGCCCGAGCAGCUCGGCCUGGUCUACGUGGGGAGGGACCCGUGCGAGGAGGAGCACCGGCG